UCAGGGCCGGUGUGAUGGCUCAAAAGGCACUUACUGCUAAGACUGACGAAGUGAGAGCCAUCCCCGGAACCCACAUGGUGGGAAGAACAGACUUUUCGAAGUUGUCCUUCUGACCUCUACACUUGCGCCAGGACACACGUGCGCAUGCAUACACACAAUAAGCACAUAUAAUUUCAAGCACAGAAAGAAUUUUCACAUCCUAAAUGAAGCCCGGCGUGGUUGGCACACGCCUCCGUGCCCAGCCUGGGCUACCCAAGACCCUGUCAACACAGAACAGGAAUGGGAGCGGGAUUCGGAGAGCGCUCGUCCCGUUUGGUCUCUCCCGAGACCCUCAGCCCGUGAGGACGCAGGACCCGGCCCCCGUGGGGCUCCGGCGUCUCCCGUGGGAGCGGCCUCCUGCAGGCGGGCACAGGCCUCCUGCAGGCGGGCACAGGCCUCCCCGGGGCGGAGUCCGCCCGAGCCGCGGCGGCCGACACGCACCGGGCCGGGCAGGCCCCGCUGGCCCGGCGGCCCUCGCUUGGCGCGCAGGCCCCGGGAGGCCGGCCCUCACCUCAGGCAGCAGCGCGAAUCCGCCGAGGCCCGCCCGGAUGCUGGUACGGAGGGGGCUGCCGGGCCGCCGCCCGCGCCCUCCCUCGCCUUGCCCUGCCCUUCCCUGCCCGCCAGGCCCGGCCGCACUCACCCGGUCGCCCCGCGCAUGCGCCGCCGCCGGCCGCGAGGACUCGGCACUCCUGUCUUCAAGCAAAAGCGAUGGAGAUCGGCUGAAGGUACACCCAAAGCUUCCAUCAAGCGCCGGUGAGGACCGUGCCACACUGCUGGGCAUUGCCAUGAUGGCCUCCUCCGUGCUGAUGUUCUUCCUGUUGGGAACCACUGUGUUGAAACCCUUCAUGCUCAGCUCUCAUAGAGAAGAAUCAAACUGCACGGCCAUCCACACUCACAUUGAGGAUGAUUGGCUGGACUUUGCCUUCACCUGUGAGGGCAGCUGCCAGGACCAGGGCGGGUACCCCUGUCUACAGGUGUUUGUUAACCUCAGCCACUCAGGAGAGAAAGUGCUUCUCCACUAUGAUGACGAAGCAGCCAGAACCAACCCCAAGUGCUUUUACACACCCAAGUGUCACCGAGACAGGGAUGGUCUGCUCAACAGUGCCCUGGACAUCAAGGAAUUCUUCGAUCACAAAACCGGAACUUUCCCCUGCUUCUACAGUCCGGAUGGCCAGCUGGGAGUUGUCCUGAGGAAGUCUGGCCACAAGGUUGUCUUCCACUGCUUGUUUUGGCCUUCGUUGACUUUGCUGGGCGGGGCCCUGAUUGUUGGCCUGGUGAAGCUGACACAGCAUCUGUCCUUUCAGUGUGAGCAGUACAGCACAGUGGUGAGGGCUCAGGCUGGGGCCAGAGCACGCUCUGUGGGCUGGCACAGGUCUACGCUGUACAGUGUAGCAAAGAGCCAGGAAGGGAACAGAGAGAGCUGAAGGGGGCGGUCCAGCUCUCCCUCCCUGAGAUGCUCCAGCUGAAGGCUUGACCACUGCCAGGCACACUUGUGAUCCCAGCACUUGGGUGGCUGAGGCAGGAGGACCAGGUCAAAGCCAGCUUGGGCUAUAUACAGAUCUUGUCUAGGAAAAAGAUCAGCUGGGGUUGUAGCUUCCUGAUAAGAGCACUUCCCUCGAAAGCACAAGGCCCCGUUUGGAUCCCCACCACUAGGAACAAUCACAUCUGCUUACAAACCUGCUGUGUGAAGGACAAAGUGGGCACCACAGCUUUUCACCUGAGAAACAGUCUUUAAAUGCUGACCACUUUCUAUUAAUUCUGAAAAUAUGUAUGAUUCCAACAGUUUCUCUUUUUUUUCAGUCUCCUUCUCACAAGCCAAAGAAGCAUUUUUCUCCUCAUAGGCAAAAGGAAUUCAAGACAGCUCUCAUGAAACUUUAGCUCCCCAUGAGAUUUGUCAGCAUAUGACAAGCCAUUACUAUGUCUGUCGAGCACUGAGCUGUCAGCUCGUGUAGCUCACAUGAAAAUAUUUCUCAUAGAAAAAAACACCGGAGGCUGAGGAGAUGAUCAGCUGGUAAAACAUUUGCCUUACGAGCAUGAGAACCCGAGUUUGAUUUCUCAGACGCAUCCAAGACUAACAAACAUAAAACCAAGCAAACGAAACAACAAAGACAGGCUUUGUGGCCUGUACCUAUAACCCCAGCAUUGAGGAGGAGGGCACAGGUGAUAGCCAGAAUAGCCAAAGUUGGGAGCUUUAGGUCACCAAGGUGGACAGUGCCUGAGGGCCACCUCUGAAGUGGCUCUGGUCUCCACAUACCUACACAUGCAUGCAGGUGUGUGGACACACACACACACACUCACACAUACUCACACUUAGCAGCUCAUUUACAAGUAGAUAAAAACCAUCAGAAAUGUAAGAAAACCCAGGUCUGCCAACAUUUAUUGUGGCUCAUUCUUCCUUUACGCUUCAUUCUAAGAGGAAAGCUGCUGCCUAGCAAACCCACUGCCUACAGUUGCUUAUAUUUGAAUUUGUUGUGCUUUUUACUUUGUAGCAUUUUCUAGCUAAUUAUCCUUUCCCUAAGCUUUGAGUCUCUGCACUUUGAGGGAACAGGAGAAAUGACUGCAAGUGUGAAUCGGACCAGAGGCCAACAUUCACCUCGCAUAACACCCACUGUAUGGUUACACACUAGUCAGGGUCCUGUAGCAGUCAGCCCCUGGGCUGGAAAUGGCUCAGUGGUUAAGAAUGAUUGCUUUUCUUGCCAAGGACCUGGGUUCGGUUCCCAGCACCCACAUGACAGCUCACAACCAUCUGUAGCUUUAGUUCCAGGAUGUCCAACACCCUCUCUGGCUUUUGCAGCCACUGUGUAUGUGGUGCUUAUACAUACAUGUAGACAAAACACUUAAUACACAUAGAAGUUGUUUUUGUUUUUUCCUAAACAGGGUUUCUUUGUACAAUGCUUGGCUGUCCUGGACUAACUUUGUAGACUAAUCCUGAACUCACAGAAAUCCUCCUGCUUCUGCCUCCCAGAGUGCUGAUUACGGUGUGUGCCACCACACCCGGCUCAUAAAAGUUUUUUUUUAAAGUCAACAAAGGUGACUACAUGUCACAAGACUUCCAUCAAGACCUUCCAGACUGAGUGUAGGAGCUGAAGAGCUUGCUGUUUUCCCAAAGUACUUCAAUGUAUCUUUACAGUUCACAUACAGAAAUGAAAACCCAUCAUUGUAGACAACGGAAUGAGACUUUUGAAAUAGGUUUUGACAUGUUGGUGUAACCAAGUCACACUUGAUUCUAAGCCAGCUUAAAGCCUCUUAGUAAUUAAUUUCACGUCACAAAUUAGGAAAGUGGAUAACUCAUAGAGUAAGAGCUGUAGGCAAUGGAGUCUUGGCAUCUCAACUUGUCUGCUGAGGGCCGGAUGCACUUCUGGCCAGGCUUUCGUUGUAUUCAUAACUUUCCCAGUGUCAGUCCUUGGGAAUGUCUCUUUUGAUGAUCUUCAGGCAUAAAGAUGAGGUGUGUGGAACUGCAAGCUUAGUUUCUGGUAACUUACAGCGGUGAUGGAGAUCCAGUAACUGUGAGAACCUUGCUCUGAGCAGAAGCAGCCUACUUGGUCGUGUUUGGUGACACUGGGAAGCAAUAGAUCUGCUGUGUAAAGGUUGUAAAUGUUGCUUUGUGUACCAGACCUCCCUGUAAUAAAAUACACUAUGUCCAAAAAGCAAAAAAGCCCUGCAAAUGGAAUCUGUCAUUUUCUCAAA